UUUUCUCUCCCCCCCCCUCAACGGUUCCUUUUCUCUCUCCCUCUCCUCUCUCUCACUCUUGUCGCUGGGGUUGGGCUUGGAGCCCGGCGAUCUCGCCGGAAAUGGAGGGGAAAAAUUGCUGGUUGGCGUGGAGGGCAAACAGAGGAGUUGAUCGGUAUUUUACCUAACGUUGCUGGAGUUGCUCACGUACAAGUUAUCUAACGGGACUUUGCCACAAACGCUGUCGUUUUCCGGAACUGUUGAGUCAUACGUACAAAACGAUACGUUUUUCAUUUUGCGAGAGUAAAACGAUGCGUUGAGUGUGAGCGCACAUGCGCUUCCACCCUCCUCCUCUAGUCCUCUGGACCACUCCUCUUUCGAGCACUUCAGCAACUCUCUCUCUCUCUCUCUCUCUCUCUCUCUCUCAUUCACACGAACGAAGAGAAAUGGAGCUAGCGAAGCCUCUGUGUUUGAAAGCAUAGCUUAUCCUGUUCCUUUAAUCGAGGAUAGGCAUUCUGGUUGGCCCUUUUGGUAGUGAUACUUUAAAUGGCACAUUCUGUGAAUUUCAUCUCGAUAGGCAUCCUGACAACGGGCUUGAGUCCUCAAACCAGAGUUUCUCGUGGGAAACAUGGAAUUUUCACCUUGAGAUCCUCACCCGGGCUUCUUCGUGUCCGAGCUGUGCAAGAGAAUGGAGGGCCUCAAAGACUAGUUGAAAUUAUCAGACUCGUGCCAGAGCUCUCAAGGAACUAUUUUCGAAGUCCCUCUCGGAGGGCUCUUUUCGGGGGAAUCUCUUUGUUGGGUGGCUUUUAUGUUGCACAGACAAUCUCUCUGUCCUUUGGAGCUUUAGGAGUAAAUGAUGUGAUUGCUGCUGUUGUAUGUGUUCUCCUGACAGAGUAUACAACAAAGUUUUAUUACAGCCGGCCAAAGGUAACAUUCCCCCUUGCUCUUCUCAACAAUUUCAAGAUGGGUUUCACUUAUGGUCUCUUCAUUGAUGCCUUUAAGCUUGCCAGUUGACAAUGCAUCAUAAAGCAUUUGUCGUUGUCUUGACAAAUUAGAUUUGGUUCUUGUAAAUUUCUCUCAGAUACAUGUUCAUAUUGUAAGUGUAGUAAGAUACAUUUUGCAUACUCAAUUUUCUCCUAUUCUUGAUUUCUGAUCUUUCACUU